AUGAAUGACGAAUAUAAUGCCCUUGCCUUUUACGAGAAAGCACUUGCAAUACGAUUAAAAAAGCUUGCAGCUGAUGAUCCAUCGUUAGCAUCUCUCUAUACUGGCAUUGCAUCUCUACACUAUUCGAUGGAUGAUUGCUCAAAUGCAACCACGUUUUAUAAGAAAGGCAUCGAAAUUCUUGAAAAAUCGUUGUUUUCAGAUGAUCUCGAAUUAGCAACUAACUAUAACAACAUUGCUGUCGCUUAUAAAUCAAUCGAAGACCUAACAAAUGCUUUGGUAUUUUAUGAAAAGGCACUUAAAAUUCGAGUUGAAAGGCUUUCAUCAAAUAACCCAUCAUUGGCUUCUCUUUACACUAAUAUUGCCUCGAUACAUUCAUCGAAAGGAAAUAAAUCAGCUUCAGUUGAGUUUUAUGUAAAAUCACUUAAAAUUCAAGAGACAUUACCCUCACCUAAUUAUUCGUCGAUGUCAGUGAUGUAUUACAAUACAGCGAUGGCUUAUUAA